GCAAAUCACCGCCUAGAUGCGGAACAGCGAGGAGAGCAGCGGGCAAGCUGUUCGAAGAGGGGGCUGAAGACUAUUGCCCUAUCUUUUUAGUUCAAGUUGACAUUACCGCAACCCCCUUUUGAGCUUUUUUUUCUUUUUUUUUUCUUUUUUUCGAUUUGAACCAGGCUAAAUACUGAACCGCUGUAAAAAUGGCGCAGCCAGAAAGCAAGAAGAUAUUCUUUGAGAACCUGUCGGGAGCGGACAAAGCCAUCGCGGUGCUGACAAGCGGAGGUGAUGCUCAAGGGAUGAAUGCUGCUGUUCGUGCUGUGGUUCGAAUGGGGCUCUACGUGGGGGCAAAGGUGUACUUCAUCCAUGAGGGAUAUCAGGGUAUGGUUGAUGGUGGGGAGAACAUCAUUGAGGCCACGUGGGAAAGUGUCUCCAGCAUGCUACAAGUGGGCGGGACCGUCAUCGGCAGCGCCCGAUGUCAAGAAUUUCGUUCCCACGAGGGACGCCUGAAGGCAGCACACAACCUGGUGCAGCGCGGCAUCACCAACCUGUGCGUGAUUGGUGGAGACGGCAGCCUGACGGGGGCCAACCUGUUCAGGGAGGAGUGGAGCGGGCUGCUGGGGGAACUGGUGGAGCAAGGGCUGAUUGAAGCUGACGCCGUCCAGAAGUACUCGGCCCUCCACAUCGUGGGGAUGGUGGGCUCCAUCGACAACGACUUCUGUGGAACCGACAUGACCAUCGGCACAGACUCGGCUCUGCACAGAAUCAUCGAGGUGGUGGACGCCAUCAUGACCACGGCUCAGAGCCACCAGAGGACGUUUGUGUUGGAGGUCAUGGGCAGACACUGUGGCUACUUGGCCUUGGUUAGCGCUCUGGCCUGCGGGGCGGACUGGGUGCUGAUCCCUGAAAUGCCUCCAGAAGACGGCUGGGAGGAGAAGAUGUGUCAGAAACUAUCAGCGAACCGCGCAGGGAUGAAAAGGCUGAAUAUCAUAAUAGUCGCUGAAGGGGCGAUUGAUCAUAACAACAAAGCCAUUACCACUGAGUAUGUAAAGGAUCUGGUCGUCAGAUGUCUGGGUUUCGACACUCGGGUCACAAUCUUGGGCCACGUUCAGAGAGGAGGGACCCCGUCUGCCUUCGAUCGCAUCCUGGCCAGCCGUAUGGGUGUGGAGGCGGUUCUGGCUCUUCUGGAGACCACGGCGAAUACCCCGGCCUGCGUGGUGUCCCUGUGCGGGAACCAAUCGGUGCGCCUGCCUCUGAUGGAGUGUGUGCAGAUGACUCAAGAGGUCCAGAAGGCCAUGGACCAGAAACGGUUUGAGGAGGCCGUGAAGCUUCGGGGCAGGAGCUUUGAAAACAACCUGAGGACAUACAAACUGCUGGCUCACCGUAAACCAGAAUCUGAACUACCGACUAGCAACUUCAACGUGGCGGUGCUGAAUGUCGGGGCCCCGGCAGCCGGCAUGAACGCUGCCGUGCGCUCGGCUGUUAGGGUGGGAAUCUCUGAGGGACACAAAAUGUUCGCCGUCAGCGAUGGAUUUGAGGGCUUCUACAAAGGACAGAUAAAGGAGAUUAAAUGGGCUGAUGUUGGAGGAUGGACGGGACAGGGGGGCUCCCUACUGGGAACUAAAAGGACUCUUCCUGCGAAGCAUGUUGAUAAAAUUGCUGAGCAGAUGAGAAAACACAACAUCAACGCUCUGCUGGUUAUCGGUGGAUUUGAGGCCUUCCUGUCUCUGCUGGAAUUGUUAACGGCUCGUGGGAAAUAUGAGGAGUUCUGUGUGCCCAUGGUCAUGGUCCCAGCCACUGUCUCCAACAAUGUGCCUGGCACAGACCUCAGCAUUGGCGCUGACACGGCUCUAAACGCCAUCACUACUACCUGCGACCGCAUCAAGCAGUCGGCCAGCGGCACCAAGAGGCGGGUCUUCAUCAUCGAGACCAUGGGGGGCUACUGUGGCUAUCUGGCCACGGUUGGAGGUCUGGCGGCCGGCGCCGAUGCAGCGUACAUCUACGAGGAGCCGUUUGACAUCAGAGACCUGCAGGCCAACGUAGAACAUCUGACUGAGAAAAUGAAGACCAGUAUUCAGAGAGGACUGGUCCUCAGGAACGAGAACAGCAAUGAGAACUACACCACCGACUUCAUCUACCAGCUGUAUACAGAGGAAGGGAAGGGGGUGUUCGACUGCAGGAAGAACGUUUUGGGACACAUGCAGCAGGGGGGAGCGCCGUCGCCGUUCGACAGGAACUUCGGGACCAAGAUCUCGGCCCGGGCCAUGCAGUGGCUCUCCCAGAGGCUGGUGGAGACGUUCAGACGAGAUGAAGGACGAGUGUUCGCCAACUCUGAGGACUCCUGCUGCCUCCUGGGGAUGCGAGCCAGAGCUCUGGUCUUCCAGCCUGUCGUGCAGCUCAAAGAGGAAACGGACUUCAUUCACAGGAUCCCCAAAGAGCAGUGGUGGCUGAAGCUGCGUCCUCUCAUGAAGAUUCUAGCCAAGUACAAGACGAGCUACGAUGUGUCCGACUCGGGCCAGAUGGAGCACGUCAUCCACACCCGGCCCAAAGAGUCGGACGCUUCCGUUGCCAUGUGAACCCCGAAGCAGACGUCUUCAUUCCCCGUUCCAACCCGUGACGUGUCGCCCCGGUACUCCUGUUGUCAGACUCACCGGUUUCCUGUGUUUCCUGGUCGACCUGAUGUUGUAGUGUUAGCGUUUGUAAACUGCACUUUUCUCUGUCUCAAGUUGCGUAGAAGGGCUCUGAUUUCAGAGCUGCACACGGACAGAAUAGAAACUAUAUCUGAGUGUGAGGCUGGGCUUAUUUCUGUGAGUCUGAUGCUACACAGUUCCACUGAAAACUAAUAUUUAUCUUCUUAACAUGCUUUAUUUUGCUUGUAAACAUGAUAAUAAUAAGUGUGCUGUAGGCACUGAUGCACCAACAGGUUAGAUGUACAAGAACAACAGAUCCCUGAUGAAUAAAACCCGACUUCAGGCG